GGUCUCGAGUAGCAGAAUAAAAUCUACUUGGCCCAUCUAUGUUUUUCUUCCAUGUGAAUGCAAACAAGAAUCAAACAUCAAGCUCUUUGGUCUUGGGCCUAAGUUGUGGCGACAUAGCUAAACGCACUAAGAAAGUCGGAAUCAUCGGUAAAUAUGGGACCCGCUAUGGUGCCUCCCUCCGGAAAAUGGUGAAGAAAAUUGAAAUCAGUCAGCACGCCAAGUACACUUGUUCUUUCUGUGGCAAAACCAAGAUGAAGAGACAGGCUGUGGGGAUCUGGCACUGGGGUUCCUGCAUGAAAACAGUGGCUGGUGGCGCCUGGACCUACAAUAUCACUUCUGCCGUCACAGUCAAGUCUGCAGUCAGAAGGCUGAAGGAAUUGAAAGACCAAUAGAAAGUUCUACCAUAUAGCAAAAGUGUGGUUUAUUGUUAAUUGUAUUAACUGGAUUUUCUGAUGUGAAUUGCAUUAAUAUUGCCCUUUCAAAAGAUUUGUAAAUUGAAACCCUUCUAAUUUGAAUUGGA